AGAUGAAAAUAUAAAUGAUGGUUUUGAGGUUAGGUUAGGUUAGUUUAGGUUGGGACAGUGAAAAAUCAUAUUUGUACAUGAAAAUACCAUUUUAUGAUCUUAAUGAAACGAAUAAACGAUUGGAUUUAGUUAUUCAACCGCUGAACAGGGAAAAUACUACAAUUCGACGGAUUUAUACCAAAUAUCCCCAAUUUUCAUAAGAACUUUAAAAAAUCAUAUAUCUCCCAAACUACAAGUCUCCCGAAGUUGAGACAUGUACCAAUCGAUUUUUCAUACAAUACUUUAUCUAAAAAAAAAAAUCGACGACAAAAUUGGAGGUCGGCACUAAAGUAAACUUUUACCUUCGGGGUAAUCUAUUCGCUAUAUAUACUUUAUACCUUAUACCUAUAACUUUUAGGUUUAAAAAAAAUGUAUAAAUCACUGAAGAAUAUCAGUAAGAGGCAUAAGAGGAGGCUGAAACAAAAGGCUGUGGAAAAAAUAUAUGAGGGCAUUUCAGUAAACUCUAGUAUCGCUACUUCUCCACUCGAUACCACUGAUAAUAACAUAUCUUGUGAAUUGUUACCUGGCCCUUCUCGCACUUGUACCGAAACGAGUACUGACGAAAAUAUAUUGCAUAUGGCCUCUGAUGUUGAUGAUUCCCAAAAUAUUUUAUUAGAUUACUCCUCUGAUGAUGAUGAUAAUAAUUCAUCAGAUUGUGAAUCACAAAAUAAUUCAUUCAAUGUUUUAAAUUUUGAAUCAGACAAAAAUGAAUCAGUGGAAAUGAAACAAAAUAAAUGUUUAGAGAAAGAUAUUCGGGAAUGGGCAAUAAAUUACAAUAUCCGUCACAGAGCACUGUCCUCAUUGUUGAGUGUUCUGAAUAAAAAUAAUAUAUGUGUUCCAUUUGAUGCCCGAACGCUUUUAAAAACUCCUAGAACAGUUGCAAUUGAUAAAAUGGAACCUGGAGAAUAUUGUCAUUUUGAACUUAAACAAGGGAUUUUGAAUAGCUUGGAUAAAUAUGUGGAUAUUGAUAAUGUUCCUUCUGAGUUGGGGAUUGAUGUGAAUAUUGAUGGUCUUCCACUGAGUAAGAGCUCAGGUAGUCAAUUUUGGCCGAUCUUAGGUGCAAUUGUUUUGGAUGGAUCGUACACUCACCCAUUCCCAAUUGGAAUUUAUCAUGGUACAUCCAAACCGGCCUGUGUGAAUGAUUUUCUGAAAAAAUUUGUUGAUGAAGCUCGUGUCAUUAUAGAGAAUGGUGUGAUAUGGAAAACUCACAAAAUUGAAAUAAAAUUCAAUGCGUUCAUCUGUGAUGCUCCUGCUAGAGCUCUCAUUUUAGGAGUCAAGAAUCACACCGGAUACUUUGGGUGCACGAAGUGUAUUCAAGAAGGAGACUUCAUUAAUAAUCGAAUGACAUUUCCAGAAAUUGAAAGCACAUUAAGAACUAAUGAAUCUUUCAGAAAUAAACUCCAGGAAGAACAUCAUCGUGAACUAUCAAUCCUUGAAACUCUUGAUAUUGAUAUGGUUUCACAGAUUCCUGUGGAGUAUAUGCACCUGGUAUGUUUGGGUGUCAUGAAGAGGCUUCUGCAGUUUGGGUGCAAAGGUAAAAUGAAUGUCAGAAUUCCAUCAGUAUUGGCAAGAAAUGUAGAUGCUGAUAUAAUGAAAAUAUCUGCUUAUAUUCCACAGGAAUUCUGUCGUAAACCUAGACCACUCACAGACGUUGAAAGAUUUAAAGCUACAGAAUUCAGGUUAUUUCUUCUUUAUGUUGGUCCCAUAAUUUUCAAAAAUAAAUUAGAUAUUGAAUUGUACAAUCAUUUCUUACAUUUAUUUUGUGCUAUCAGAAUACUUGCCACUCCUCAUUUAUGUUAUGAUUUAAAUGACUAUGCUGGCAAUCUUUUGAAAAUAUUUGUUCGAAAUUAUGGAAAUUUAUAUGGUGAAGAGUAUCUUACAUAUAACGUUCAUAACCUUCUUCACCUAUGUGAUGAUGUCAAAAGAUUUGGGUGGUUGGAUAAGUAUAGUGCCUUCAAAUUCGAAAAUUUCAUGUAUUCUUUAAAGAAAAAAUUAUGUCUUUCAUCAGGAAAACCAUUGCAACAAAUCGCAAAACGAUUACAUGAACUCUCAGACCAGACUACUCAUCAUGAGAAAGUUCGAAAAAUUCCAUUUAUUGUUCCCCAUAGGAACAAAAAAUUAUUGAACUUUGAGAAUUUUAUUUUAUCUAAUGCCAUGCCCGAUAACUGUUGUUUAUUGAAAAGUAAAGAAUUUGUUUUGAUAGAUGACAUAAAUCUCAAUCAAGAAAAAUAUCUUCUAGAGGGACACAAACUUCAACAAGUAGGUGAGGGUUUGUUCACAUUACCAUUAGAUUCUCGCAGUCUUGGUAUACAUGUUGUUGAAAAAAGCAAUGAGAUAGUAAAAUUUUCUGAAGUUGAUAUUUUAUGUAAAAUUGUUUUGAUACCAUGGAGUGAUAAAUUUGUUUCAUUUCCAUUGAUUCACUCGAAUGGGAAAUAAAUUUUGAAAUUCAUUUCAUUUCUUUUACCUAUACCUAUUUUUAAGUUAUUAUUUUGUGAUAUCACCCCAAUUCGUACAUCCUUUCUUGAGGAUUCAUACAUAAUUAGGUAUAUGCUCAUAAAAUAUAUUAAAUAAAUAUAUAUGUAUAAAUGAAUUGAAUUCUCACAAUUCUGAUGAUUAUAUUCAGUUUUUAGAAAAAUGAGUUACGCCGUUGUAAGAUUUAUUGAAGAAUCGAAUAAUGGCGAUGUGGUGGUCUCAGAGGUGCCAAUUGGCUGGCUCUCUGCAGAUCGCAAGGAAUGUAGAUGGCCACCUAAUAACAGCAAAAUAUAUAUUACUAAAAACAGACCAGCUUCUGACAAUUGGCCAACGUAUCCAGUUGAAGUUGAGUGUGUUUGUGACACAUUGAGUGAAGCCAAAAUGAAGGCCCUGAGCUGCUCUUCAGAUGAAGAAGGAAGACAAAGGGGAAAGGGGUGCCGAGCCCCAAAACCGGUAAAAGUAUACAGCCCUGAAAACCCUCGAAGACAAGGUGUAAAAGCUCCAUCCUUACCUCCAUUGAUGGAGGAUGGGUAUGUCGACUAUUUUUUACAAAAAUACCCAGUAGCAGUUCCAGUUGAUGACCAACAAGGUGAGGAUGAGGAUAAUAAUAAUAUAUAUGAGAGGAAUUUAACGGAUUUGGGCAGUGGUUCCCAAACUCCAACUAAUUCAGAAAUACUCUCUCAGCCACUGCGGUCAGUGUCUAAGACAUCGAGGGCCACCCAAACAGAAAAGACAGACCUUGGUGAUAUAGAUCUGAGAUCUCUCCUACAUUCCAUAAUUAGGACUCAAGCUGAGCAUUCGAUAGCUUUAGAAGAAAUAAAGCAAACGCUGGUGAAGGAAAAGCAGGGUGCUGAGGCAAGUGAGGUCGAGAUGGUGUUCGAUUUCGAUCUCCCCUGCGAUUCCUUGGACUCCUUGGAGAGUCUGGAGUCAUACGUUAACACCCACCGCUCACAGUUUGUUAAGUUUCUUCAAAAGAUUGGAGGGAAUGAUGGGAGAGACAACACCUGCAGAUGUCUCAGAUCUAUAUUCACGAACAGUUUGGGUGAGAUCUGUUCUUGGACAGGCCAGAAAUCAAAUUACCCUGUGUGUAAUUUGAAAAUAAUGGAAUUCAUCUUCGAUGUGGUCCAUAAAAAAUUUUCUAUAACAAGAAAGGAUUUCGAAUUUUACACCAAAGAAUGGUUUAGACACAGUAGGCAGAGGAGAGAGAGGGAUGACAAAAAAAAGGGGAAAUAAUUCUUUUCAGUUUUUUUUUGUAAUUUCUCUUCAUUAUAUUUAAUGUUGUUUUUUUUUAUUUUCUGUAAAUAUUUUUAAAUAUAUUAUAAUCUGUUUGUUCUUUUGUUAUGUUGAAUAUUUUUUCAUAAUUUUUUCAUUAUAUUAAAAUCUGAAAAGGCUGAAGGACUUUGGUCAUUAUUAUCAU